GUGGAAAAUACAUGAAGCUUGUAUGCUGGCCCUGGGUUCUGUGAAGUCUAUUAUUACAGACAGUGUGAAGAAUGGUAGAAUACAUUUUGAUAUGCAUGGCUUCCUGACAAAUGUUGUUCUUUCAGACCUCAACCUCUCAGUGUCUCCUUUUCUCCUGGGUCGUGCUCUGUGGGCUGCCAGCCGUUUCACAGUGGCUAUGUCUCCAGAACUAAUCCAGCAGUUCCUGCAAGCUACUGUCAGUGGUCUACAUGAAACCCAGCCUCCUUCUGUCCGAAUCUCUGCAGUCAGAGCUAUCUGGGGUUACUGUGACCAACUGAAGAUCUCUGAGAGCACCCGUGUGUUGCAGCCGUUCCUUCCUAGCAUUCUUGAUGGACUGAUCCACUUGGCAACUCAGUUCAGUUCAGAGGUCCUAAACCUUGUGAUGGAGACACUGUGCAUUGUCUGCACGGUAGACCCAGCAUUUACAGCAAGUGUGGAGAACAAAAUCUGCCCCUUCACGAUUGCAAUAUUUUUGAAGUACAGUAAUGAUCCAGUUGUUGCUUCUCUUGCCCAAGAUAUCUUUAAGGAACUAGCUCAGAUAGAAGCCUGCCAGGGUCCAAUGCAGAUGAGGCUAAUACCAACUCUUGUCAGCAUCAUGCAGGCCCCUGCUGACAAGAUCCCAGCAGGGCUUUGUGCAACUUCUAUUGAUAUAUUGACCACAGUUGUGAGGAAUACAAAACCUCCUCUGUCCCAGCUCCUGAUCUGCCAAGCAUUCCCUGCAGUGGCUCAGUGCAGCUUAAACACAGAUGACAAUGCUACUAUGCAGAACGGUGGCGAGUGUCUGCGUGCAUACGUCUCGGUGGCGCUGGAGCAAAUUGCACAAUGGCAUGAUGAGCAAGGCCACAAUGGACUGUGGUAUGUGAUGCAGGUGGUGAGCCAGCUUCUAGAUCCAAGGACCUCAGAAUUCACUGCUGCCUUUGUGGGCAGGCUGGUCUCCACUUUAAUUUCAAAAGCAGGAAGUGAGCUGGGAGAGAAUCUGGACCAGAUCCUGAGAGCUAUCCUGAGCAAAAUGCAACAAGCGGAGACACUCAGUGUAAUGCAGUCCUUGAUUAUGGUGUUUGCUCACUUGGUUCACUCACAACUGGAACCACUCCUGGAGUUCCUGUGCAGUCUCCCUGGACCAACUGGCAAACCUGCCUUGGAGUUUGUAAUGGCUGAAUGGAUGAGCCGGCAGCACUUGUUCUACGGUCAAUAUGAAGGCAAAGUCAGCUCUGUAGCAUUGUGCAAACUCCUUCAGUAUGGCAUCAACACAGACGACAAGCGACUUCAGGACAUUAGAGUAAAGGGAGAAGAGAUAUUUAAUAUGGAUGAAGGAAUACGGACACGAUCAAAGUCGGCCAAAAACCCUGAACGCUGGACAAACAUUCCCUUGCUAGUAAAAAUCCUAAAAUUAAUAAUAAACGAACUCUCUAAUGCGAUGGAAGCAAAUGCAUCUAGGCAGACAACUGCAGAUUGGAGCCAAGAUGAUUCAAAUGAUAUGUGGGAGGAUCAGGAAGAGGAUGAGGACGAAGAUGAAGGCUUAGCAGGACAGUUCUUGUCAGAUAUUCUUUCCACAAACAAGUAUGAUGAGGAUUACUAUGAAGAUGAUGAAGAGGAUGAUCCAGAUGCAUUAAAGGACCCUCUUUACCAAAUAGAUCUCCAGGCCUAUCUCACUGACUUCCUCUGUCAGUUUGCACAGCAGCCCUGCUAUGCAAUGUUUUCAGACCAUCUCAAUGAGAAUGAAAAGCGAGUGUUACAGGCCAUUGGUAUAUAAACCCACUCGAGGCACCAUCCCAGUCAUAUCUGAACAGCAUCUUUUGGGCUUAUUCCAUGUUUUAUGAUUAAACAUAAAACAUUUUCCAGUGUCUACCUGCUUGUUACUGGUGGACGAUGGCCUCGUUACAAUGUAUUGAGCCUCAUCUUAACAUGAAUCUGCUAAGGGAAGGAAUACUAAGAACGAAGCAAGGACAGAAGUCUGUAGAGCUUUGCACAUCAGUCGCGUCAUGGGAGCACUUUCAUUUUCCACAGUAACUUUCCAGGAAGUUCUUAAAGAUAAAAAAAUGUGUCCUUAGUAUUUUUAAAAGCAAACUGUCUCUGCCUGUGAAGAGGCACUUCACUGAGUUUCCCACAGCACAGCUGGACAGAGAAAGGAAUUGAGUCACUUACAGAUUGCUUGGAUAUAGCUUGAGAAAUUGGAAGGUGGUUCCUCUUCGUGCUCACAUAACACAUGCAGG